ACCCACUAGUGCCUGGGAAAACAGAGAUCCACUUGGCCACAUAACAGUCACUACAAUUGUAUGAUAUUUGAACAGAUUCUUGCUUCACUCUUGGUCUGAUGGUAAAUCAUUCAGUUUGUAUUUUCCUUACUACUGUAGCUUCUUCCUUUCCUUUUAUUCUAAAACUGUGCUGCAAUAUACUCUAUUAUAGAAAGCAUUUCUUUGAUGUUACAAUUCUAAUGUUUGCAUAUUGCUUAUAAGUCUUGUUACCUAAAUUCUCAUCCCAAGGCAUUUAUUUUGUGUAUGGGAUAUACCUUUUAAAUUUUGUAGCUCAGGGCAGUGUUGGUUUGCAGCUAAUCAAACCUGCAUUUCCAAAUGUUAUGUUUUGAAUAAGCCAUCUCUUAAAACAGUCUGUGGUUCAGCACUUUGUGGAAUGUUUUUACUACAUAUCCAACACACUUCAUAGGAUAUUUUUACUAUGUACACAAUAUAUUUGCUUUCACUAUUACUUUUCAUUAUUUGUUCUUUGUUGUUACAUGCCAAGGUAAAGUGAACUCCUAUUAUCCAAUCCUGCUAUCAGGCCAGGAUCAUUAGAAGCUGUAGGGAAAAGCAGAAGAUAACUAAUUCUCCACGUUUUUUAUUAAACUUGCUAUCUUGAUGAGGAAAUAAUGACCAAAAAAUAAAUAAGUUGGGAAUUUUACCAUGUUCUGUUCUGAUGUGCAUGAAUGGAAAGUGAGCUUAUAACACGUCCUUCUUCCCUUUGCCAUCCUUUCUCACUCAGACUUCUUCCUGCUGUUGUUAUAAGAGCUUAUCCUUCUGCAGAUGUGAGAUAAUAUGCUUUUGUCUGUCUGCUUCUCAUAGAUGCUCUUUUAUUUUUUCCAUUUUCCAAUCAGAAGGGCUGUGGAGCGCUGAAACACCCCGUGAGCCCUCUACUGGCACUUUCUGCUUUUGCUUUAGGCUGUGCUAGUGGUUUUUCCUUCCCUGCUGUGCUUGCUAGAGCCUAAGGAGACAGGAUUGCACGUUCUUCACUCGAAAGGAAAUCCUUCGGUUGCACGGCCGAUACUAUGAAAUGGCACCAAAUGUUGUGCCCAUGGAUUAUACAAAGGACCCAGAUGUUAAACUACCUAUGCAGCUUAUAAUAAACAUGCCUGAGCUAAAGGAGAAUCCCUUCAAAGAAAGGAUUGUGGAGUCUUUCUCAGAAGAUGGAGAGGGGAGCCUGAGCUUCAAUGACUUUGUGGAUAUGUUCUCCGUGCUCAGUGAAAUGGCUCCCCGAGAGCUUAAAGCAAUCUAUGCCUUCAAGAUCUAUGAUUUUAAUACAGAUAACUUCAUUUGUAAAGCAGACUUGGAAAAAACUCUCAAUAAGCUGACCCGGGAAGAGCUGACAGCAGAGGAAAUCACUCUGGUUUGUGAGAAAGUGAUAGAAGAAGCUGACAUGGAUGGUGAUGGGAAAUUAGGAUUUGCAGAUUUUGAAAACAUGAUUUCCAAGGCACCGGACUUUCUCAGUACUUUCCACAUAAGAAUCUGAAGAUGUUUCUGCCAGUCCAGCCUGUCUGAAUUUCAGGCACUCCAGGGGCUUUUGUCCUCUAAUGAGAGCUUCUUAGAACUCAGCAGAAAGUACUGAAAUAAUUCUGGUCCACAAAGAGACAGAAGCAUCAUGUGAUUUACAGGAUAUUUGGAACAGACAUUUUUAUCUUCACUGCUGGCCAUGCACUCUGGCAAAGAUGGUUGAUUGUUGGAUUGUGGUUUUUCUUUUUUUCCCCCCUUUUUUUAACAGUCAUAAUCAGAAUAUUAUUAAAGGUAUUUCCACAUAGUUUUUAUAUUUAUGAAUAUUUAAUAUUGUUCUUAAAAAAAAAUAUUGAGAGAAGUAAGAGAAAUAUUACCUUUGGUGUGUUUUCCAAGAGUAUUUGAAAGAAAGCACGGGCCUUAAAUAAUGAGAUGCCUCUAUCACUGUGUCCAGCUGGGAUCUUGCAUAGAAAAUACCUGAGGUGAAAGAACUGCGCUCAAGAUCAAGCUCCCAGGGUUGAAGACAACCACAGCCCAGGUUUGCCUUUCAGCCACUGAAAUGGCAGCUGCUGGCUUUGGUGCUUACCUUCAACCAGUAUUUCAUGGAUUGUUGUGUCCUUAUAAAACUUGAAAUAUUUGCCUUUUAUAUAUGAUAACUGCAUACAUGAUUAAUUUCUUCUCAAGAUAAAUGUUAAAACUGUGUCUUUAUUCUCAAAGGGGCUCCUGCAUUUUACUCAUUCUAUGGGCUGAUAAUGUUGAAUGGAGGAACAUGGUCACCUGUAACUCAUGAAGAAUUUGAAGAAGCACAGAUCUACUAUUAAGGACAUGAAAAGAUAUUUUCUUUCUAAACAAGCUAUGCAAUCUCUCCCAUAAAAUGCAUAAAUGCAGUUCUAUGUUCUUCUUUCCCCUCCAGCUGGAAAUCAGCUAGAUCUUUUUGGUUAUUUUUUUUUUUACUUCCAGUAUUGUUUAAGUACUGGGGCCUGAAGACAAUCAUAUGUAUAUUAAUUACUGUUCUAACAGUUAAUAGAAGGGCUCUGUCAUUUACAUGGCUUCUGUAUCAAAGUCAUCACAAUUAAAACUUUUGAAGCA